UGGUGCUGGAGGAGGAGCCACGCUUCACGAGAGUGUUCCAGGUGCGCGCCGAGGACGGGGAUCCGCCGGAGGACGGAGGUACCAUUACGUACAGCUUCGUGACCACUCCGCACGAGAGGAUGAAGUUUGAAAUUGACAAUGUGACCGGCGUCAUCACCACGCUUCAUAUACUCGACAGAGACGAACCCGAUCGAGAAAAGGAAGCUUAUCUCACAGUUAUGGCAAGCGACAAUGGCAGGCCGCAGCUUGAUGACGUGUGCACAUUUAAGAUCACCAUCGAGGACAUCAACGACAACACGCCGUUCUUCGACAAAGUGCAUUAUCGGGAAUCUGUGCCGCAAGAUUUACCGGUCGGGCGCGAGGUCAUGAGAGUUUCCGCCACCGAUAUCGACGACGGAGAAAAUUCCAUCGUGCGAUAUAGUUUAUCAUCCAAGAGGACGGAUGACUCCGACUACUUUCGGAUCGACGAAGCUACCGGUGUCAUAUUUCUCAUGAAACCUAUAGACCGGAAUCCAGGUUACAAAUUCGACUUGACUGCCACGGCCACGGAUUCUGGCGAGGAUCCAAAGAGCGAUUUCAUUGAUCUUGACAUAAAGGUUGUGGAGUCGCAUAAGAAGGCGCCGGCGUUUAUACCUCCCCAAAUAGAACCAAUUAAACUUAAGGAGAAUUUCAACGAUUUCGACGCCAGUAUUGUCCGUUUAAAGGCAAUUUCCAAUGUCAACUCCACUAAGGAUGAAGACUCGUACUUGCAGUUUAACAUCGUCACUGGCAGAACGGAACUGACCAACAAGGGAAACAUCUUUAGACUGGAAUCGAAUAAGGACGUCGCGGAUAUCAAGCUUUCCCAACAGUUAGAUUACGAAAGCAACACGCAGUAUAAGUUGAUAAUACAAGUAACAAAUAAGUAUCAAUUGGCCGCCGAAAUGAAUGUCGUUAUCGACAUUCUCGACGUGAAUGACAAUAUUCCGGUCUUUCGUGAUAUCAAGAAAGGGAGCGUGUUAGAGAACGAACCUCCAGGAACUCCCGUGAUGCAGGUGCGAGCGAUCGACGCCGAUGGAACUUCUGCCAAUAAUCAGGUCACUUAUCAUUUAGACAGUUUUGAUACUUACUUCAAAAUUGACCCUCACACUGGCAAUAUUACGACGUUAACGACAUUCGAUCGAGAAGUCGAGGACACGUACAACGUCAAAGUAAUAGCAACAGACAAUGCUCCGAGCGCUUUGUUCAAAUCGAAAGAACACAAUAAAGGAGAACAAGUAUUUCGAAUUGAAAUCGCCGAUAAGAACGACAAUCCGCCUCGAUUCACUCAAAGAGUUUACACUCAUAAUUCGGUUCUCGAGAACGCAAACGUCAACACGUACGUAGCCGAGGUCGAAGCGAUUGAUUCCGACACGGCGAGUCCCGUCACAUAUAGCAUCAUAGCCGGAAACACCAACCAAAGUUUCAACAUUGAAGGUACAACGGGAAAGAUUCGUGUUAACGCAUCGCUCGAUUAUGAAAAAAUCACCAAAUACAACUUGACCGUGAAAGCGUACGAUGGUGUGUUCUAUGACACGGCGCAAGUUGAGAUUUUUAUUGAAAAUGUCAAUGACAAUCCACCGGUGUUCGAAGAGUUUGAUCAGAAUCCGACGAUACGCGAAGAAACACUGGUAGAAGGAUGUAUUACCACCGUGACGGCUUACGAUCCUGACAUCGAAGAUAGAAAUGCCGAUCAGCGUAUCGCCUAUUUCAUCGUUAAGGAAGAUCAACAACCCCUAAUAGGAAUUGACAAGAAUGGUUGUAUGAAACUGAAGAAACCAUUAGAUCGUGAUCCACCGAAAGGUUACGCAACAUGGACCGUUAUUAUAAUGGCAAGAGACGAUGACGGUUCGCCUACAGCUCUACGUAAAACCGUGGAGGUCAACAUCACUCUCUUGGACAUAAAUGACAACGCGCCGUUCCUCGAUAUGCCGUAUCCGGUUAUUUGGACCGAAAACAAACCACCGGGAAAGAUAACCGAGCUGAAAGCACGGGACUACGACUCUGAUAUUAAUGGUCCGCCGUUCAAAUUCCGAAUCGACGGUUCCGCGGAUAGUGAAAUCAUGCACAAUUUCGAGAUUCACGAAUCGAGUCUGUACGCGCGAGUGAUGUUCGAUCGAGAAAGACGAAAAAGUUAUGACAUACCAAUCGCGAUAACAGACAGUGGUAGACCACCUCUGACGGGUACUUCUACGCUUACCGUGAUUAUAGGUGACGAAAAUGACAAUCCUAUGCAAGAAGGCACGAGUUCUAUAUUUGUUUAUAACUACAAAGGAGAAGCUCCUGAUACAGAGAUCGGGCGCGUUUACGUCAACGAUCCGGACGAUUGGGAUUUGCCAGACAAAUCCUUCGAUUGGGCUUCUCCUCAUGAAGGAUUUCUUCUGAACAGCAGUACCGGCAUGAUUACCUUACUGUCGGGAACUACGAACGACACCUUUGUAUUGAAGUUUGUCGUUACCGAGAAAGGCCAUUCCAUUCCAGCUCAUCAAGUAAACGCGUACGUGAACAUCACCGUUAAAGAACUUCCGAAGGAGGCUGUGGACAGAUCCGGUUCCGUGCGAUUUUACGGAAUAACUGCUGAGCAAUUUGUGGAGCCUGACGAGUCUGGCGUUAGCAGAAAGGAAUUAUUUCAAGAAAAAUUGGCUUCUAUGCUGAACACAUCGAUUGAAAAUGUCGACGUGUUCACCGUGCUUCACUCACCCCAUUACAACAACAGAAGUCUGCUCGACAUCCGAUUCUCGGCACACGGCAGCCCGUAUUACGCUCCCGAGAAGCUGAAUACGAUUAUAGCGCAGCAUUCUAAGGAAAUCGAGCGGGACAUAAAGGCGGCUAUUUUGUUGAUAAACAUCGACGAAUGCCUGUUCGAGAAGCUUCAUUGCAAUUAUACGUGCCGCAACUCCUUGAACGCCAGUACUGUUCCUUAUUCCGUUUAUACCAACACCAGUUCGUUCGUCGGAGUACGAGCGGUCGUGGAUCCUCUUUGCACUUGCCAUGUAGCGGAACCUAUCGUCUGUUUGAACGGCGGCACUCCUAUGGCGAAACGAUGCGAGUGCCCACCUGGUCUGGAAGGACCGAGAUGCGAAUUACUGAGUAUCGGGUUUCAGGGAGACGGCUGGGCUAUCAUGCCGUCGCUCGGUCAAGCUUGUGAGGAGUCACAUUUACAAUUGGAAGUAACACCGCACGUCGACAACGGCCUCGUGUUUUACUUCGGUCCCAUGACGUACAGUCCUAAGCUCGGAAUACAAGAUUUCAUGUCUUUAGAAAUUCAACAAGGCUAUGCAAUGUUGUACAUGGAUUACGGAACCGGAACUGUGAAACUGGAGCACAAACAAAUCAAACUAACGGACGGCAAGAGUCACAAGAUAGAGAUUCUCUGGUCUAAAUCUUCAAUAGAGAUGAAAGUCGAUAAUUGCGUUAUAUCCGCUUGCCUGAGUCUCACCGCACCGCAAGGACCCAAUGAAAUUUUAAACGUAAACAGCCCGCUGCAAGUCGGCGGUACAAUGACCAACUUGGCGCAAAUGGCAGCAAAUUUCGGAUGGGAUUAUAAACCAACUGACAAAGGACUUGUUGGCUGUAUACGCAACAUGACGUUCAAUGGAAAUACGUACAACCUGGGAAUGCCAUCGCUGUCUAGAAACGCAAAUCCUGGUUGCGAUCAUGGCAUGGCAAAAGCCAUUUCAUUCGGCAUCGAUACGAACUUUAUAGUAGCUAUAUUGGUGUGUGUAUUAAUAUUGCUGGUACUGCUGGUAGCGGUAGUCGUGCACAGGAGGAAAACAGACGAUUUGUAUAAAGAUAUGGACGAUAUCAGAGAGAACAUUAUUAAUUACGAGGACGAAGGAGGCGGCGAAGUAGACACGGGAUAUGAUUUAAAUGUAUUGAGAGCUAUUUACGAUGCGCCUAUCGAUUCCAAGAUAACUUCCGUCGGCCUGCAGGAAAGCGGACACGACGAAGUUCCCGACAUUUGCGGUUUUCUAGAUGGCAAGAAAGAGAGUUGCGAUAAAGAUCCUGAUACAAAUCCAUUCGAUGACGUAAGGCAUUACGCUUACGAAGGAGAGGGUAAUUCAGAAGGCGACUUAUCAUCGUUAGCAUCUUGUACCGAUGAUGGUGAUCUCAAGUUUAACUAUCUAUCCAAUUUCGGACCAAGAUUCAGAAAGUUGGCGGACAUGUACGGAGAAGAGAGUGACGAGGACAGCGACGGAGUCGGUGAACGAGAGAGCGAGAGUUGGUUUUGUAAGAUGUCAAUAAGGUUCCUCGCUGUAGCAUUUCUUUUCUUCCUUCUUCUUACGGAUGGUAAAUCUCAAGUAACUUUUUCCAACGGUUGGAAUCAGGGAAAAAGAAGUCCAAAUAUGCGGAUUAGAUCAAGUAACAUGGAUUGUUCGCGAAGCUCGGCAGAACAAUUGUUAAAUUUAUACUCAUUCGUUCAGAUCGAAGCGCAAAGGAUUUUGAAUUGUCAAAAUUUAAACGAAUGAAGCGAGGAAGCUACGUUGUUCUAAUGAAACGGACUCAUACACGCCACUACUAAGCUGAAGUAAACAAAAACUAUAAUAUUUUAAAUAUGUACUGUAAUUACAGCACCAUAUCUCUUUUCUUUUUAAUAAUAUA